UAUUCGCUGGAGCGCCGCAUCUAGUGGCUGAGCCGCACGGCCAGUUGGAAUUAUCAGUGGCGUGCCCAAGCCCAGAGCCAGAAGAGGAAUACAGUACGAGUGGUCAACGCUGUGCCCUUCUGAGCCCAGAACGUGCUCGUGAGCUGAGAAGGUCCCCGGGCUCGACGCUAGCCAAACACCAUGGAGAAAAUCAGCUCCUUCUUCGCCUCCAUCUGGGACACCAUCUCUACCAAACACCAACAGGGUGUCUUCAACACCAUCUGCCUGGCAGUCCUCCUGGGGCUGCCGCUGCUGGUGAUCCUCACCCUCCUCUUCAUUUGUUGCCAUUGCUGCUGGCACCGCGUGGGCAAGAGAGGCCAGCAGCCGGAGCGGAACAAGAGGAAGAGGAAGAAGAAGGAUGAAGAAGACCUCUGGAUCUCAACGCAACCCAAGCUGCUCCAGAUGGAGAAGAGACCCUCACUGCCUGUCUAGGUGGAGGCUCCGCCUCGUUCCAACCACACAGGCUUGAAGCGAGAAUCCGGGAGUGACGCCCUCAUGCCCGCCCACAGAGUAACUGCGAAGUCAAGAAGCCAGCUUCAGACGGAGUGGCACUCCCAGGGGAGCGCAUGAACCAUCUUGGACACUGUCUUGGCAGCUAUGAUAGCCAUGCUCUUUGCUGCACUUCUAGCCUUCCACCCUGCCCUGGCACACCCUGUGCACUAAAGCAUGGGGACCACCGA